UCCUCUAAACUUCUAUACAUACAUCUCAUUCUCAAACCAAUGUAAUCAUAACCCUCUCUCCUUGUACAAUAAACACUUCCAUAAAUGGCAUCACCAAAUGCUUUAACCUUCAAGGUUACAAGGAAAAAUACAGAGCUGAUCCCUCCAGCGAAACCCACACCCCAUGAAUUCAAAACUCUCUCCGACAUCGAUGAUCAAGAGGCCUUCCGCUUCCAUCUUCCCCUCAUCGCAUUCUUCCCAAAAAAUCCAGCCAUGGACAUAAAGGAUCCGGUCAAGGUUUUCCGCGAUGCCCUGGCCAAGGCCUUGGUUUUCUACUACCCAUUGGCCGGGCGGCUGAGGGAGACGGCCGGUAGGAAGCUGGUGGUGGAGUGCACGGGCGAGGGCGCACUGUUCAUUGAAGCAGAUGCGGACGUGAGGCUGCAGCAGUUCGGCGACACCCUUCAGCCGCCGUUCCCAUGCCUGGAGGAGCUUCUUUACGAUGUCCCGGGCUCCGGCGGUGUGGUGAAUUGCCCUUUGUUGCUUAUUCAGGCCACGCGCUUAAAAUGUGGUGGGUUUAUCUUGGCUCUUCGCGUCAAUCACACCAUGUGCGAUGGUUUUGGACUUAUUCUAUUCGCAUCCACCAUGGCUGAACUCGCCCGCGGCGCUGAAAUCCCUUCUGUCCUCCCAGUUUGGCAAAGACACCUUCUCAGCGCGCGUGACCCGCCACACGUGUCGUACAUGCACGAUGAGUACGAAAACAUACCUGAUACUCAGGGAACUCUCAUCCCAUUUGAGAACAUGGUUGAACGCAGCUUCUUCUUUGGGCCAGGCGAGAUCUCCGCCCUUCGUCACCAAUCUCCGCCCUUCGUCACCAGCUCUCGCUGCACCACCUUCGAACUUCUAGCAGCUUACAUCUGGCGCUGCCGCACAAUCGCUAUCUCUCCAGACCCUAACGAAGAGGUUAGAAUCUUAUGCUUCGUGAACGGACGGAAACUAUUCAACCCGCCGCUCCCCGCUGGCUACUACGGCAACGUUGUUGCUACCCCUCUCGCGAUCUCCACCGCCGGAAACUUAUGCAAACAACCCUUAGAUUUUGCACUGGAGCUCGUGAUGAAGGCCAAAUCUAAGGUAACAGAAGACUACAUAAAAUCGGUGGCAGAUUUGAUGGUGAUCAGAGGACGGCCACAUUUUGCAUUCGAUAUGCGAACUUAUGUAGUAUCUGAUGUGGCAUAUCUAGGCUCUGAAAAUUUGGAGAUUGGGGGGGGCAGUCCUGUGUUCUGCGGUCCGGCGAAAGCUGGCGUUGGUGUGAUUCCCGGGCUUGGGAGUUUAAACAUACCCUUUAAGAAUAACAAGGGUGAGAAGGGAAAACUAGUUCCUAUUUGCUUACCGGCGAAUGCCAUGGAAGUAUUUGUGAAAGAGCUUGAGACGAUAGUGAAAAAGGAUGAUAUUGAUUUGGGUGAUGCUCGGAAAAGUUCAAUUUUCAUAGGUCGCACUAAGCUUUGAGUGUGAUAUAUAUACUAUUGAUCAUCCUCGUAUUCUGGCCGCAUUUGCUUCAUGGAUGUAUAAAAUAAGUGUGACGUGGUCGAAGAUUUUUACUAAGAAAUAAAAUUAGGAAUUUUAUCUUGAUAUAAUUGUACACCGGGUGA